AUAUAUAAACUUACUUGGAGAUUGAAAAGGCUAGUCCUUGCGAGAGUGGCGGAGAGAGUUUAUUCAGCUGAACCCUCCCUCCUGUUGUUGAACAAUAGCCAUGGCGACAGGUAAAACAGUGAAAGAUGUCUCUCCUCAUGACUUCGUCAAGGCGUACGCUUCUCAUCUCAAGCGAUCUGGCAAGAUCGAGCUUCCCCCAUGGACAGACAUUGUGAAGACUGGUAAGCUGAAGGAGCUUGCCCCUUAUGAUCCUGAUUGGUACUACAUCAGAGCUGCAUCUAUGGCAAGGAAGGUAUACCUGAGGGGAGGUCUUGGCGUUGGUGCUUUCCGUAGAAUCUACGGUGGAAGCAAGAGAAACGGCAGUCGCCCACCACAUUUCUGCAAAAGCAGCGGUGGCGUUGCACGUCACAUUCUCCAGCAGUUGGAGACUAUGAACAUUGUUGAGAUUGACACCAAAGGAGGAAGAAGAAUCACUUCCAGUGGUCAACGGGAUUUGGACCAGGUUGCUGGACGUAUUGCAGCUGAAAUUUGAAGAUCUGAAUCUUGUUUUUUUUAGUUCUUCUACUACUUUUGAAACCAAUGUCCUGUUUUUAGUCCUUUUAUCUUUUUCUCUCAAGAACCAUUAUCAAUAUCAUUGCUGAAGACUUCUCUCAUAAUGUUCAGAACUUGUUCAUCUU